UUGCAGGUUAUUUUCGAUUACGUUAGAUCGAGCGCCAUGCAAUGAUAGUCGCCGUGAUCGGCAACAUAGCAUUGUCGGCAACAUUAUUUCUAGGUCUAUCACUGUUUAUACAGUACGUAUGAAAAAGUGCAUCAAAUUAAGUGUUAUAUGAUAAGACCACUCGGGUAUUAAGCGUGACGUUUGAGUUAAAGUUGCAAAACGAAAAUGCUUCCCGUCAGUUCCAAUUUUUCCCUGCAUCCUUACAUUCCAUCCACAUUACAUCUGCCUCAUUUUACGGACAACACUUUUGGCGUCGAAGUUUUGUUAGGGCUUUUUGCUGGAGUUACGACAAUCAUACUAUACUCUGUGUGGAACUUGGUUGGAAGAUGGAGAUCUGACUUUUCGGCUCUUGAAAAAGCUAAAAUCUGUUGGUUUAGCGUUUCCGGUCUGAUUCACUUGGUCAUAGAAGGAUACUUUGCUAGUUUUCAUGGCACACUGGCCGGAAGUGACCACAUACUUGCGCAGAUCUGGAAAGAAUAUGCAAAAGGCGACAGCCGGUAUAUCAGUUCGGAUGCAUUUACGGUCGUAAUGGAAACUUUCACCGCCGCCGUCGAUGGUCCCUUGUGUUUGUGGACGGUGUAUGCCUACAUCCGCAAUAAACCUUAUGUUCAUGUCCUCCAGAUUCUUGUAUCAACUGCGCAGUUUUAUGGCGACAUAUUGUACAUGCUAACGGAAUGGUUUGACGGAUUUAUGCACGGCCCACCCUUCCAUCCGCUCUAUUUCUACGGCUAUUUUGUCACCAUGAACUCGUUCUGGUUAAUCAUACCAAUGCUGUUAAUUAUGGAAUCCAGCUGGAAAAUUACACAGGCAUUUAUUGUUUCUAACAGGCACGCUGUCAUUAAUGGCAAUACCAAAAAACCGGCAUACAGGCAAACCGAUAAGAUCAAAUAAUAGAAACGAAGAACGGAUUAAUACGCCUUACUUGUAACUUUUGUAACUCGUUGGCAGUUGCACUGCUCGCAAUACUUGUAUUAAGGUCAAAAUUUAGGAAAAUUAAAAGCUUUUUCUUGCAAGAUGACCAAUGACCUGCAAAACUGCGUUCCCAUUUCUAUUUAAAGACAACAUUGCUAAAUUAAGUAAUUCUCUUGUGUUUAGCGUACCUCUUGUCUAUAUAUGUAAUAUAACAGAGCUUCAUUCGUGCUAUGGUUGAAGUUUAUUGUGGCUCUUAUCGAGAUAAAAAAUU